UCAAAUAACAGGGAGAAGUCGGAUGGCUGCGCAAAUACUUGGAAUUCCGGUUCCGUCGUUGUCUAUUCCGUAAACUUUGACAAGCAGAAAGUUGUGUUUCUAUGAUAGGCUACAACAGUCUCAAUAGCUUGAAUAUCCAGUAAUAAACUGGAAAUGGCUUCUUCGCCACAGAAAUCACCUUCUUCUCCCAAAUCUCCGACUCCAAAAUCACCACCUUCAAGAAAAAAAGAUGACUCUUUCCUCGGAAAACUUGGGGGAACUUUGGCCAGAAGAAAAAAGGCAAAAGAAGUGUCUGAGCUCCAGGAGGAGGGCAUGAAUGCCAUCAACCUGCCACUCAGCCCCAUCCCCUUUGAGCUGGACCCAGAGGACACCAUGCUGGAGGAGAAUGAGGUCCGCACCAUGGUUGACCCUAACUCCAGGAAUGACCCCAAACUGCAAGAACUGAUGAAGGUACUCAUAGACUGGAUCAAUGAUGUGCUGGUGGGGGAGAGAAUCAUUGUCAAAGACCUGGCUGAGGACCUCUACGAUGGGCAGGUUCUGCAGAAACUAUUUGAGAAGCUGGAGGGUGAGAGGCUGAAUGUGGCUGAGGUGACCCAGUCUGAGAUAGCCCAGAAGCAGAAGCUGCAGACAGUUCUGGAGAAGAUCAACGACACUCUGAAGGUCUCAAUCAGAAACAUCAAAUGGACCAUUGACUCUGUCCAUGCUAAAAGCAUCGUGGCCAUUCUCCAUUUAUUGGUGGCGCUGUCUCAGCACUGCCGCGCCCCCAUCCGCCUACCUGAUCAUGUGUCCAUUCAAGUUGUGGUUGUACAGAAACGGGAGGGGAUCCUGCAGUCUCGCCAGGUUCAGGAAGAGAUCACAGGGAACACGGAGGCUCUAUCAGGAAGACAUGAGCGAGAUGCGUUUGACACCUUGUUUGACCAUGCACCAGACAAGCUGAAUGUGGUGAAAAAGACUCUGAUCACCUUUGUGAACAAGCACUUGAACAAGUUGAACCUGGAGGUGUCUGAAUUGGACACACAGUAUGUUUUUCUACCUGUCAUGCAGUUUGCUGAUGGUGUGUACCUGGUGUUACUGAUGGGACUGCUUGAGGGCUACUUUGUUCCUCUCUUCAACUUCUUCCUAACGCCAGAGCAUUUUGACCAAAAGGUGCACAAUGUGGCUUUCUCCUUUGAACUGAUGCAAGAUGGCGGCCUGGAGAAACCCAAGCCACGAGCAGAGGAUAUUGUGAACUGUGACCUGAAGUCUACUCUGAGGGUGCUCUACAACCUCUUCACCAAAUACAGAAAUGUGGAAUAAAGAUGGGAACUUCACCGUUCAUUCAGUUAUAUCGACGUAUCUAUCAAGCAAAUGCCCUGUUUAGAUCUAUAUUUCAGGGCAAACACGAUCCAUCUAAUAGGGAGAGCACACCUGUGUUAGCUGUGUCCUGCUGAAGGCUCACUAAAACACCAGUACAGCACAGUAUGUUGUAAAGUAUUUGGAUAUGAAAAGACAGAUAUAUUUCAGUAUUAUUGAAGGUUAACUUAAUGAAUUAUUGAUUAUGCCGUCGUAUUGUUGAGUCAUUGCCAUGUUGAAUUGUUCUUGCCCAUGUCAUUCCGGGCCGACACCGUUUGAAGUCUACUUGGAUUCACUUGCAACUACAUGGAGGAUCAGAAUAUUGAUGUAUGGAAUGUAUGACAGCUGGGUUUGUGCUUAUCAAAGUAUUUACUUCCAUCUUUUGAAAGAAGUCAGAAGUUUUGAAUUGGCUCAGAAUGUUUUUGAUUGUUGUGCUUAAAGCAGUGGGACCACAUAGAGUACGCACUAUUCAUUUAUAUACUGUCACGCUGCAUAUCUUUACCUUUGUUUGGUUUAGGUCUAAUAUGAUAUAUUUUAAUACUGGUCAUUGUGCUUUAAAAAUAGUCUACCUUUAGUGACAUUUUGGCUCAUCAUUUACCAAAGAUAGUAUUUUAGAUAAAUUAUAUGAAGCUGUUAGUCUUAAAAAUAUUUUGUACUUAUCCAAAGCAUGAUGUAUGGCUAAUUUUGACUAUUUGUUUAUAAUCUAUUCAUAAAAAAAGGUUUGCAAAGUAAUGUUCCAGAGCAGUGUUUACUAAAACUACAGAACAGCAAGACCCCAGUACAGAGUGCCAGUUUCUUUCUUUUUUUAUGUCAAGAGCGGAGUAUGAAUUCAAACGAUAAAACAUACACUAUAUUCAACAGACCUAGCUAGUAGUGCUGAGAAUGUAGUGUGGGAGUUUGACCAAAAUUGAUUCCGUUGUGUACUUUAAUUUGAAGGUCGUAAUAAUUUCUUUCUAUGUUGUGGUCUGAGUGUAGGUUUGAUUAUGAGCCUUGUGCUGUAGCAAACUUGUGGCAUUCCUUCCCAUGAAAACGUGUAUGCUCUGUAUUGUUAAUAUGCUAUAUCAUCAAUUGAAAUAUAGAAGAGCACAAGAAAAUGUGGCGCAGCGGUCUAAGGCACUGCAUCUCAGUGCUAGAGGCGUCACUACAGACACCCUGGUUCGAAUCCAAGCUGUAUCACAACCAGCUGUGAUUGG